CCAGUCGCUGAAGUCCAGGCGGGUUGGGACUCCAUAUCCCCUGGAUACUAUGCGGCAUGACGGCCAGAAGGCCGAGAGCAGUUCAGCAUCAGCAUGCAGCCCUCGGGAACGUCCCCAGCUUCCUUUAGAUUCAGUCUGAGUGGAUCAGGAUUGUGACCUUGUGUUCACGGCAGCUGCUAAACCGAAUCCUCCAGUACGGCUUAUAAAGUAGAGCCCGACUCGCAGACCCUAUGGGUGACGGGGGCGUGGGUUUCAUUGACAGGUCUGGAAAACAGGAGUAGUUCAUACAUGACAUACAAUAAUGUUUCCCUGCUGUCUCCUCCAGCGGUUUAGCCGGCACUGAGCGCAGAAGCGGCUGGAUACGUGACGGGACACAAGUCAGAUGCGACCGCUGGAUGGUAGCUACCAAAGCGGUCAAGUUGCAAAGCUUUGACACUUCCUAGCAUUACAGGAGCACCAAUGUACAUCCAGUCGCGUGGUCUUGAUAGACCAGCCUGCCUUGCGGUCUAAACCCUGAGGCCUUGUUGGGAUUCGAAAGACCCCGCAAAGGCGUACUCCCCAUUUAUCAGGCCACGGUUCUCCUUCGAGGUGAAGCAGGAAAGCCGUGUUUAGAAAAGGAGCAGAGAAGCGGCAAUGCUCAAUCGCCCUUUGGCAAUCAGGUUUGCAAACCUGCAGCUUCCAGAGCUCCUCGUUUCCUAAGGGCAUUAGGCAUCAGUAGAGCAUCCAUCAUGGCCUGCACCUGGAUGCUGUUGAACAAGACCCGGUGGAUGACUUCUGAUGGCUUAAGACCCCUGAUAUUUUUUAGUUGCUGAAGUCAAGGAAAAUGAAAUCGUUCUUUUUUAGCUUGGUUUCUGGUUCCUGAGGACAGAACAAAUGAUUACAUGGGGAAGAAAUUAACUGCGGUGCGGGGUGUUUAGCAAAAGCAUCUGUACCAUGUUUAAGUCCUCAGCCUAGACCUCCUACAGACAGGGAUGGGGCAGGGAGCCUGGUCUGGUGCAAAGCAGAACGGCCUGAUGGUUUCCCAUGUAUCCUCACAGGAGCAGGAAGGAUUUGUCAUCUACUCUCUGGUGGAGCUGGCCAUGUGGCUUGAGUCCCAUUGAAACUGGUGAUUGAUUCAUGCCGGCUCAAGGCUGGAGGUGUCUGACUGAGGUGCUUUUCCUUGGAGACUCCGAACUCAGGCUGUGAGAUGCAACCUGCUUAUUAGUGCCCCGCCGGGCAAAAGCCUGGGGUCUGCUUAUCGCCAGGAGUGUCUCACAGGAGUGUGCCCGUGAGAUGGGGAGACACGGCUGCUGAGCCAGGCUUUGAUUGCAGCGAUUAUAGUUCCUUGAAUUUGUAACGGUGGGAAGACGGAGGGAUGGUAAUUCUGCAUUAUUAUGCAGAAACAUGCGGAGCUGUCAAUGCCGCAGGGUCCCCCACGGAGGAGAGACAUGCAGUAGGAGCCCGUGCGUCCCGUCGACGAGUGACACUGGUUCAGGCCCCGCGGUAGCACACAGCAGGACAAAAGGACUCAGCAGAGGACAGGAAAUGCAGAGAAUCAGCUGCCUCCUCACAGGAUUUGUCUUAAUCCUCGGUGUGACCAGCACGGAGCAUUUGGCCCGGUCAGGCCGCAGGGUGUGCUCCACGGUGACGCAGAGCCAGACGGUUUCAUACCUGGAGUCCCAUGUCCAGCCGGUCUACCAGCCCUACCUCACCACCUGCCAGGGACACCGCGUGUGCAGCACGUACAGAACCAUAUACAAGGUUGCCCACCGCCAGGCAUUCAAGAAGUACUCCCAGCCCAUGUACACGUGCUGUCCAGGCUGGAGAAGGGCAAGCAGCCAUGCAGCCAGUUGCAACACAGCUGUUUGUAGGGCGCUGUGCCAGAAUGGCGGGAGAUGCUCCUUUCCGGACAGAUGCACCUGCCCUCCGGGGUGGACGGGAAGAGCCUGCCAGUCAGACAUGGACGAGUGCUCCGGCCAGGGUCACGGCUGCGGCCAGCGCUGCGUGAACACGCCUGGGAGUUACCGCUGCGCCUGUCACGAGGGGCAUCAGCUCUCUGCAGAUGGGAAAUCAUGCCGGGCUCUGCAGCCAGCUUCAAGGACAGAGGUGUCUGCACCUCCAGCCCUCAACCGAUCCGGAGGUGCCUCCGGUGAAGUGAAGGAAGAAAUGAAAGCCUUGAGGAGCAGGAUGGACGUGCUGGAGCAGAAACUGCAGUCAGUGUUGGCUCCCUUCCAUCACUUCGUGCCAGCUGGGCUGGAUGACGUCAGCCCGGACCCCAUCACCGUCCUGUCCCACUCCCUGCGGCAGCUGGACAGGAUAGACUCCCUGAGCGAGCAGAUCUCUUUCCUGGAGGAGCGCCUCGAGACAUGUUCAUGCAAAAAUGAACUUUAGCACGUACCCACCACGUCCCGAAAGCAGCGGCAGAGCAACUGGGUCAACCUGCCCUGGCCGAAGCCAGACCACAGCUGAAGAAGCCACGGUGCCUGCAGGACAACAUGGGAUGACAGGAUAAGAAUUUGUUCUCGAUGUGGCUGUGCCUGCUUCCUCUUCCUCAGCCUGCUGGCCCCGGGGCAGCUACGUCCGAGUUAGCCAAGUCUCCUCCCAAAGAUCAUGCCUUCCCCCCCACACUCGUAGUGACCCCUUUCCUGCACGGACUGGCUCAGUCCAUCCUUAUACAAGAGAAAUGCUGCAAGCAAAACUCCAUGGUGCUUAUUUUUUUUGCUUGUAGUUAGUCCUAGAUGAAGUCUCAGGAUACACGUAUUCAUGGCGAGGUAGCUACGUGAUUGCAUGAGCCGUGCUAACCGCAACCUGCUUCCAGCUGCUUCUUUCAUGCUUUGUAUUGCUAGAGCCUCUCAUGCCAUGCCGCUCGACGGAGGGAGCACAGCUCCCUCCGUCUUACUUACCUCACUUCGCGAUUAGACUAAGGCAUAGUGCAUGGGAGUCUAGAUCCAGCCUUUUCAUAUCGACUGACAACUUCGGUAAUUCCCUUUGCCCUCCAAAGUGCUUUGAGGCCCUCGACCAAAGCCGGCUGCUGGCAGGACAGCCAAGUGCAAUGUUAGAAGAGGGCAGGGAAAACGGCGGUUAAGAAACCCCAGCCAUGCAAGGAGUACCAGGAAUAGGGGAAAGUUGCAUCUCUCCAGUUUCUGAUGCCCCAGGUGAUGGGAGCUCUCUCUCCUUGGCUUUCCUCUCUGCAACAAGCUUCUCUUCUGUCCAGCGAGGGCAAUACAUUAGCUGCCAUCAUCUGCUUGUCACCUGAAGAGAUGCUGCUCUUGAAAGGCUUUGAAGCAUUUCAUUUCUUUCUACUGUAGGCACUUUGGAGGGGGAAAGGAAAAAAAACAACCCCCAUCCCUUUCUGCAAGUCUGACACUGAACACGUUUAACCUCCAUCCCGCCAUUCCAGGUGCCCGGUUCAUGAGCCAACAUGUUUCCCCUCUUCAGGUGCUCCAAGGGUUGGGAAGAGGGUAGGUACAACAUAAUCCUUCUGCGUCUUGAGAACUGGCUUCAUACCGCAUUACACAGGGAGACUUGGCAAGUUGGCUUGUUUACUGAAGGUAACCGCCCCCUUCACACAGGUGCCUCCAUCCCUGCCCAGAAUGAAAAGCCGGCACAAUGGCUGUAUUGUAAUGCUGUAUGAAUAGAGGCAUUACCAGACAGCUCAGGGGGAAAGCCUGGAUAGCGCACGCCUAUCUCUCCCCACGCUAUCGUGAGUGAGGUAGCCGCACUGGCUAGAAAACACGGCACAUGGUACAGUACUUUCCCACCGACGCAGCAAUGGAAGAUGGAAACUGUAAGGUAUUUGCCCACCAUACAAUAGGGAGAAGGGUUUUUAUUAAAAAAAAUAAAGUCAUAUACUGUAAGGAAAAAAAAAAAUAA